AUGGCUGGCACAUGCCUACAGUUUUUUGGGUUUAUCUCAAGUUUCAUAGGAUGGAUUGGGGUGGUAGUUGCCACCACCACCAAUGACUGGGUGCUGACCUGCGACUACAGCAUCAACACCUGCAGAAAGCUGGAUGAACUGGGCUCCAGGGGACUAUGGGCGGAUUGUGUCAUCUCCAUAGGACUGUAUCACUGCAAGCCCCUGGCUGACAUCCUCACACUGCCAGCUCACAUCCAAGCCGCCCGUGCCCUGAUGAUAACUGGAUCUUUCCUGGGGCUUCCUGCUGUCUUCCUGCUUCUCUCUGCCAUGCCCUGCAUCCGAAUGGGUCACGACCCUGGGACUGAGAAAUACAAACGCUUUACGCUGGGUGGAGUGCUGAUCGUCAUUUUGGCGCUGAGUUCCAUCAUGGCCACUAUCUGGUUCCCUGUGUCCACACACAAAGAGACGACCAUUGUGACUUUCGGCUACUCCUUGUACGCAGGAUGGAUUGGGGCAGCGUUCUGCUUGUUUGGAGGAAUAGUUAUUGUUUGCUGUUCAGGAGAAUCUCAAGCAUUCAUGGAGAACCGAUUUUAUUAUUCAUCUCAGGGGUCUGGUUCACCGACCCAUGCUAAAAGUGCCAAUGUGUAAGGAGUAAAUGAUCAGAAAACGCUGACUAUAUACAGCAUUCCUGGACUUUAAUAACUUAUGUGCCUUUUGAGUUCUGUCUAUGUAUGCUGUCCUACGAUAUAAGUGCCAUGUACAUAUGGACAAAUGUGGAGUACUGUUUUCUUACAGGUCUUCAAAGUAUUCUUGUAUUCCUUAUGUGAAUUUUAUUGGUGCUCAGGAAAGGAUACUUAGAACAGAAAACAUCAUGAUUUUGUAGCAUUUUUACCAUUAUAAGUAAGUAAUAUCCCUUUGAUUAAA